AUGAUUGAUCACGAGAUAAAAUUUGAGCCAUAUGUGAUGUGUGAACGUCUUGACAAGAUAAGAUCAUUUAGAUCUUGCCAGAAUGGAAUGGAUAAGUCAAAGCUGCAUACAUAUGAUGAUGUGACGGAGAGAGUUGCCAGGCAGCUUGGUCUGGAUGAUCCUACGAAAAUCAGGCUAACUCCUCAGAACUGUUAUUCUCAACAACCAAAGCCCCACCCCAUCAAGUUUCGGGUUGCAGAACAUUUGCUAGACAUGCUUGUUCACUACAAUCAGCCUAUGAUUCUCAAUAUUAGGCUGCCUAAGCAGAGAACUGUCGGAGAUGUUCUCAAUGAGAUUAAGACAAAGAUCUUUCCCCUGACUCAGAAAAUUGAGAAUAUAAAUGAUCAAUACUGGACAUUAUGUGCAGAGGAACUAUCAUGGCAACCUUCAACAAUAGUUUUGGAUCGACACCUUCUAGUAGAAGAUAUCGUGUACGUGUUCUUGUGCUGCUAUUGUGGAUUCGGGAACAUCCUUUCUUACUGGUCCAACUGUAUGUAUCUCACGUGA